AUCCCUCCCUCCCUCCCUCCCUCCUUCCCUCCCGCCUUCUCACCCUCCUGCCCGCCGCGCCGCAGCCGCGCACCGGGGCUCCUCCGCCCGCCCGGCGCUCCGCCGCGAUGCCCAGCCGCUGCUGAGCCGGCCCCGGCGGCGCCCGCUCCUGACCCCGCCAGGUUGAGGACAUUUGGAACCUGUUCAGUGGAAGCGGCCAUGUCUCGAGCAACUCACCCAUCCACCUUCCCAGUGAGCUUCCAACUCCUGAGCAUUGUGCUGGUGUUGCUCUUCCAUGCUGACAGCACGUAUGCGGAGAGCCCCAGUGAGUUGCCCGUGAAUGACACAGAGGAGUGUACUGGCUCAUACAUCUGCAAAAAGGGUGUGAUUUUACCAAUAUGGGAACCCCAAGACCCCUCAUUUGGUGACAAAAUCGCUCGGGCAACAGUGUAUUUUGUAGCGAUGGUGUAUAUGUUCCUGGGAGUAUCUAUCAUAGCUGACCGCUUCAUGUCCUCUAUCGAAGUCAUCACAUCCCAAGAGCGGGAAAUAACCAUCAAGAAGCCCAAUGGCGAGACCAGCAAAACCACAGUGAGGAUCUGGAACGAGACCGUUUCCAACCUUACACUGAUGGCCUUGGGGUCAUCUGCCCCCGAGAUCCUCCUGUCUGUUAUUGAAGUGUGUGGCCAUGGCUUCACAGCAGGGGACUUGGGGCCAAGCACAAUUGUGGGCAGUGCUGCGUUUAACAUGUUUGUCAUCAUCGCGAUCUGUGUUUACGUUGUUCCGGAUGGAGAGAUAAGGAAGAUCAAGCACUUGCGAGUGUUUUUUGUUACAGCCGCCUGGAGCAUCUUUGCCUACACUUGGCUUUACAUUAUUUUAUCUGUGUCUUCUCCUGGGAUAGUGGAGGUUUGGGAAGGCUUGCUCACCUUCUUCUUCUUCCCCAUCUGUGUGGUGUUUGCCUGGAUAGCUGACAGGAGACUUUUAUUUUACAAGUAUGUCUACAAGAAGUACCGAGCCGGCAAGCAGAGAGGCAUGAUCAUUGAGCACGAGGGUGACCGGCCCUCCUCCAAAGCUGAUAUUGAGAUGGAUGGAAAAGUUGCUAAUUCUCACGUGGAGAACUUUUUGGAUGGGACACUGGUGUUGGAGGUGGAUGAGAAAGACCAGGAUGAUGAGGAAGCCAGGAGGGAAAUGGCUCGGAUUCUGAAAGAGCUGAAACAAAAGCACCCUGAUAAGGAAAUUGAACAGCUUAUAGAGUUGGCCAACUACCAGGUUCUGAGCCAGCAACAGAAGAGCAGGGCCUUUUACCGCAUUCAGGCCACUCGGCUCAUGACGGGAGCUGGCAACAUCUUGAAGAGACAUGCUGCAGAUCAGGCCCGCAAAGCUGUCAGCAUGCAUGAAGUCAACAGUGAGGUGGCAGAAAAUGAUCCCAUCAGCAAGCUCUACUUUGAGCAGGGUACCUACCAGUGUCUGGAGAACUGUGGCACUGUUGCCCUGACCAUCAUUCGCCGGGGAGGUGACUUGACCAAUACAGUGUAUGUUGAUUUCCGGACGGAGGAUGGGACAGCUAAUGCUGGCUCUGACUACGAAUUCACUGAAGGGACAGUGGUCUUCAAGCCUGGAGAGACCCAGAAGGAAAUCCGUGUUGGCAUAAUUGAUGAUGACAUAUUUGAGGAGGAUGAGAACUUCCUGGUUCAUCUCAGUAAUGUCCGUGUGAGCACUGAGGCCUCAGAUGAGGGCAUUCUUGAGGCCAGUCGUGUCUCAACACUUGCCUGCCUGGGAUCACCAUCAACUGCCACUGUUACCAUCUUUGAUGAUGACCACGCUGGCAUCUUCACCUUUGAGGAGCCAGUAACACACGUCAGUGAAAGUGUGGGGACCAUGGAAGUGAAAGUGUUGCGAACCUCUGGUGCCCGAGGAAAUGUUAUUGUGCCCUAUAAAACCAUUGAAGGCUCAGCCAAAGGUGGAGGAGAGGACUUUGAAGACACCUGUGGGGAGCUGGAGUUCCAGAAUGAUGAGAUUGUCAAAACGAUAUCAAUCAAGGUGAUAGAUGAUGAGGAAUAUGAGAAAAACAAGACCUUCUACCUAGAGAUCGGGGAGCCCCGGCUGGUGGAGAUGAGUGAGAAGAAAGCCCUGUUGUUGAAUGAGCUUGGUGGCUUCACCAUCACAGAGGAGAACGAAGAAAAGCAGCCACUGACCAGCAAGGAGGAGGAAGAGCGCCGAAUCGCAGAGAUGGGGCGCCCAGUUCUGGGGGAGCACACCAAGCUUGAAGUCAUCAUUGAGGAAUCCUAUGAGUUCAAGAACACGGUGGACAAGCUCAUUAAGAAGACGAACCUGGCCCUGGUGGUUGGCACAAACAGCUGGAGGGAGCAGUUUAUUGAGGCUAUUACUGUCAGUGCUGGGGAAGACGAUGAUGAUGAUGAAUGUGGGGAGGAGAAGCUGCCCUCCUGCUUCGACUAUGUGAUGCACUUUCUGACUGUCUUCUGGAAGGUCCUUUUUGCCUUCGUGCCCCCAACAGACUACUGGAAUGGCUGGGCUUGCUUUGUCGUCUCCAUCCUCAUGAUUGGUCUCCUGACAGCUUUCAUUGGUGACCUGGCAUCCCACUUUGGCUGCACCAUUGGCUUGAAGGACUCGGUCACCGCCGUCGUGUUUGUCGCACUGGGGACAUCGGUGCCAGACACAUUUGCCAGCAAAGUCGCAGCGACGCAGGACCAGUACGCAGAUGCCUCCAUCGGGAACGUCACUGGGAGCAAUGCCGUGAACGUUUUCCUGGGCAUUGGAGUGGCCUGGUCCAUUGCAGCCAUCUACCAUGCGGCACAUGGACAAGCUUUCCAAGUCUCACCUGGCACCCUGGCCUUCUCUGUCACCCUCUUCACCAUUUUUGCUUUUAUCAGUGUGGGUGUGCUGCUCUACCGGCGGAGACCCGAGAUUGGAGGUGAGCUGGGCGGGCCGCGGACUUCCAAGCUGCUCACAUCCUCACUCUUUAUCCUCCUCUGGCUCUUGUACAUAUUCUUCUCAUCUCUGGAAGCCUACUGCCACAUAAAGGGCUUCUAAAGGGACAAUCAGAGAUAGUAAAUAUAUAUAUAUAUCUAUAUGUAUCUAUAUAGAGUGAUAUAUAGGUAUAGAUAUAGAUAUACUGCUGUGUAUAAUGAAGAGAGAAAGAAUAAAAGAGAUUUGCCGUGUUCACACACCUGCUGACGGAAAGCAGCUUUGGAGCAUCCUUUGAACUAGGCAGGACCCCAAAGCCAGCAGGACCCCUCCCCGGGCAGUGGCCCCAGCCAGGAGCCCAGCGGCAGGGCCCUCUCUGCAACUCUACCAACAAGAGCAGCUGAUAGCCACUGAGCCCUUUCCCAUCGCUCUCUCCUACCCGCCAGUCCCCCAGCAGGAUGGAUGUGAAGGCAACCGGGAUGCACCGGUGCGGGGAAGGCCAGAGUAGCUGGUGAGAAACAGAGCAGUGGGCGAGGGAAGGAGAGGAAAGCAAAGGGUCCUGAUGCACAACCACCAUCCGCCUGCCUUUGCCACUUGGGAAUGUCCCCUCUGGCCCUGCUGGAGAGAAGCGAGAGACCGAACUGAAGACAAGGGGAAAUUGGGAGCUUUCUAAGGAUAGAACACAAACCGUUUUCGUCAUUGAUUUGGGCUUGGGUUUUUUUGUUUGUUUGUUUGUUUUGGCGUGUGUACAACUAACAUUUCCUGCCCUCCCCCUCCCACCCCACCUGCCCCUUGCCUUUCCCUCUCCGUGCUUCGGGGAUGCACAGCUGCAACCUCGUGUCCAGUGUCCUAAGCUGAGGCUGCGCGGAGCAGCUGGGGCUUUCCUCCCGCCUCCUCCGUCUCCUCGGGCAUGCUGUUGUGGUACUUGUAACAUCUGCAUGAAUGAAAUGAACCCUAUCUGUAUAUAGCAUCCUAUAGUGAUAGUCCUUCCAGCCAUGUGGGUUGAGCAUUGCAGAUACAAGUGUUUUCUUUUCACCAGUUUUUAUUUAUUUUAGUUUAGUUUAGUUUCGCAGUAGGUUUUUGUUCGUUCGUUUGUUUCCUCUCACUGGGGGUAACAGGAGGGAAAGCUGUCCCCCCUUUAUUGCUCCAUGUGUGGGUCCACGAGAAGCAAUAACAGCCACACAGAUGCAGGUUUUCCAGGGGAGGAAAAUCCACACCCCAGAGACUGCAGGCUCCGUCCCUCCACGUGGCCACAGUUCCCCCCACAGCGGCCAGUCCAGGACAUGCUGAAGCCAGUGUGAAGGCCUCCACGGUCCACAGGAGGUUUUCUAUAAAGUCCCAGGGAGCCCAAGAGGGAUGAGCAUGGUUGGCUCCCAGCACCUCUGCCUUUAUAGCCAGUGGCUGCCUCAAAAUCCCUUAGUCCCAUUCAGAGAUGACAGGUCCCGUUUCUAAGCAUUAAGCCAUCAGGAUCAGUCCCCAAAGCUGGUCCUUUCCCACAGCCAUUUGGCAGCUGAAUAAUUCAGCAUUAAGGGUUGAAUGGCCAUAACAAGAUCUCCCUCACUGCUGAGCAUAACCAAGAAGCACCCCCCCACACCCCAAGGAAAAAGGCCACAUUUUGCAUUGUCCAAAUCUGAAAUCAAUGGGAAGGGUGAGACAGGGAGGUGUAACUCUGCAUCACUCCCUGACUCCAGCAGCGCAGGCUGGGAUAGUGAGCUGAGCCCAGGGAGAUAUAGGUGUAGAGCUCCCCUGGGCACAGCACCACGAUGACAUUGUGCACUGGUGUUGAGAGAUGUCUCCUUACCUUACGCCCUUCACUGGGCUUCCUGGUGUCCCAGCCAGGCAAAUGCCCAGCCUGCACGUCCACUGGUGAGCUCAUCCCACCCAGCUAAAAACCAAGUCUGACACUUGGUACCAUGACUGAUUGGCUGGGGGGUAUUUGUAGUAUUUUGAACAAUCUGUGGAACUUUUACUUAACCUGUUGUAAAAUUUUCUCUAGGAGUAUGAAGUUGUGGGUUUUUCUUUUCUUCUCAAGCCAUUUUUUCACCUUCGAUGGGUUUUGGGGGUUCUUUUGUUUCUUGUUGUUUUGGGGAAGAAUCAAA